UUUACAACGUUAGGAGGUGAAGACUCAGAUGAAGAUUCGGAUUUCCUUCCGUCCUUUGCAAAACCUACACGCCUUCCACCCUCAAUGUCGACGCUGGACGUGGUGAAUGAAAAAGUCGAUUUACUAGAGGAUAAAGAAAUGCUAAUUCGGAAUAAGCGUAGAUCGUCGACCACUUCCACACUUCGAGAUCAAUCAGAACAUAAUCAAACCUUAGGAGGCAGAAGAGGAAGCUUGAAAUUAAAUAAUGUUGACAAGAUUAUCAAAAUGUGUGCUAUGGCUUGUGCAUGUACCUUUGGCAUAGGGAGUCAUUUUGUCUCUCAUGUUAUCGGACCUAUGAAGGGAAUAUUAAUGGAGAAACUUACUCUUACAAACACUCAAUUUUCACUAUUAGUCGCAUCGCUUACUUUAUGUAAUACUGUAAUUCCAAUAGUUUCAGGAUUACUUGUAGCUAAAUUUGGCACAACUCGAAGUUCUAUAGUUGUAACAACCAUAAUUUUAAUUGGCACACUUAUUGUGACAGCUGCUUCUUGGACUG